UAUCCAUCCGUUCGGCUUGUGGUAAUUUCAUAAAUUUAUUAAGCACACGAAAAGAGAAUUCAUCGGAAAAUUUCAUUUUGUUAUUUUAAGAGUAAAAAAAGCCAGUCCAACGUAAAUUAUUCACACAAAUCUUACAUCUCUUGGAUCAGAUUGCGGCAAUUUCAUAGAUAUUUUUAACACAAGAAAAACGGGUAUAUUUUUCUAAGUAAUUCGAAUCCUGAUAUAUCGCGAUGGGCACUUUGGGCAACCAGUUCAUUUUGUCGCGGGAGCGUCGUCGCUUUGGAAGGCAGUGCCUCUUCACGGACCGCAACGAGAUGAUCCUCAGUGUGCAGCCGAGUGGACGCCUGCGCCUCAAGUACAUCCUGCGCAACCCGAUCAACGAGCGGACGCAGCUGAGCGAGCAGUACGCCGUGUCCUCGGCCUUGACCCACAAUGUCACCCUGGAUUCGCACGGACUAAAUCACUUUGAGGGCGGUUGGAACAUUAAGGAGGUGAACGUGGCGGACGAGGAGUCCACAAUGCGCUACCGCAAAAAGGUCGAGCGCGAUGAUACAUGGGGCGUCGAGGUGAACCAACUGAUGCACGACGUGAUGGACAUCAGUUCGGCCAACAAUGCCAUAAAUAUCUACGAGGACUUCUUUGUGAACCUGCCUGCGGAUCUGGGUCAUGGCAUCAGCAUGAAGAUCGCGGCCAGGGGCAUUCACAUUUUCCACGACCUCUGGAUUCCGUCGCGCAGUCUCAAGAUGUGUGAAUGGCUGAACACCGAUCCCAAUCAGUUCGUCCUGACGUACUCCAACCCAAGAAGCUUGGCUCCAGACUAUUCGAAACCGCUGAACAUGUUGCCCGACUUUGGCAACGACAAUGAAAAUGCAUUUUACGUUUGGGACUUGGAUGACGCCACCCGCCCGGUGGCCCACUACGAUACGGGAAGGGUCCUCCGGAUUGCAAAGGUGUGCCUGCGGGACGAGAGCUAUAUGGUGGGAGGACUCAAUGAGGGUCAGGUGUGCUUCUGGCAAACGGAUUCUAUGGGCGGGCCCAAAAGGAUGUGUCCCCUGGAGGCGUCACAUCGCGAGGCCACCUCUGCCCUCUGCUGGGUGCACUCCAAGCUGAACACCGAGUUCUACUCCGGCUCGCUGGACGGGUCUAUUAAGUACUGGGACACCAGGGAUUUGCUCAUGCCGGUGAACGAGGUCCUGGCCGAACCAUAUCCCAUGUCCGUACAAAAGCGGGAGGACUCGCAUGGCGUGACUGUGCUGGAAUUUGAGUACACCAUUCCGGUGCGGUACAUCAUUUGCACCGACAUGGGCUACGUGUUCGUGGGCAACCGUAAGGGAGCCACUCCGCAGGAGACCCUCGUCGGUUGCUACCAACUGUUCGUCGGUCCCAUUCGCGCCGUGAUGCGUAAUCCGUUCUUCGUGAAGAACUUCAUCCUGGUGGGCGAUUGGCGGGUGCGCAUCUGGUCGGAGGAGGUGAAGAAUUGCCCCAGCACCUUCUACUUCCGCCGGAAGAACCAAGUGCUCAGCGGCGCCUGGAGCACCGGACGCUGUUCGAUGUUCUGCAUCGGUGACGACCAGGGCAACCUGGAGUUCUGGGAUCUACUCAUGUCCCACACUCGGCCUAUUUUGACCAUUAAGUACAAGCACCCCAUCACCCAUCUGGUGUUCAAACCGGAUGGAUCGAUUCUCACCGUGAGCCUGGCCAACGGCGACUGUGCGAUGCUCCGGAUGGAGGAGGGCAUGCGCAGUGCCACGCUCAAGGAGAAAUCCCUCAUGAUGUCGAUGUUCGAGCGGGAGAUAUCACGCUGCAAACUUUUGGAGGCUCGCGAGGAGGAGAUGAAGUUGAAGAAGCGCCUGACCACAAUUCAUUUGGAGGAGGAACGGAAGUCCAGGGAGAAAUUGGAGGCGAAGAAGAAGAAGGGUCAGGCCAAGAAGGAUCAGGAGCCCAAGGUUGAGGACGAGGCCACCAUGUUCCUCAGGAUGAUUGAGAGUGACACUGAAUUUAGCAAGGCUCUUUUGGAAUUCAAUGAAGCCAUCGAAAACAUCGCCAAUAAGCGUGCCAAGCGGGUUUUCACCAUGGAACGCACUGUAUUCGAGAGGGAUCAAUACCAGGUGCAGGCCUAAUAAGGACGGGACCAUCUUUCCCAAUUGUAUCUUAACAUUUUCAUAGAGUAUUAUGUAUGUAACCAGUUUGUGCAUUUUAAUAAAAGCAAUGUGAACGAA